AUGAUGGUAGCUACAGGUCCGGCUCCAAAGCCAAAGCCAAGGAGAAAACUGCCUUCAGAACUAGGAUCUCCCGGACCCAUGGGAACCGCAGAGUAUCCCAGCGCACAUCACCAUAUGGAGGAUGGCUCGGCCGAGGAAUGUUCUGAAGAGGAUGAGGCCUCCAAGCAGGCCAAGGAGGAUCCCCUGGCAGCGCAAGUGUGGCGUCUAUACACCAAGGCCAAGGACUCACUCCCCAAUGGAAAGCGACUCGAGAACCUGACGUGGCGCAUGAUGGCAAUGACUCUUCACAAGAAGAACAAAGAAAAGGAGGACAAGGAGAGGAACGGACACGCCAUGGAUCUUGAGGGCCCUGUUCCUGCCGGUCAACCUAGCUACAUGGAUACGGUCAGCUCACAGCCAAUGCCCCCUACUAUGAGCAUCAACAUCCCUGGACCCAGCCACCGCAGCAGCCCCAACAGUGGGAUGUAUGACACUGCGAUGCAGUCGGAUUCGGAUGAUGAUCAGGACAACCAAUCUAACGCUUCCUCGACAGCCUCCUCACCCAGAGAGAUGAGGUUUGCCGGCAUCCCCAUGAUGACGCCCAUCAAGAGUCCGCCUGUUUCACAGAACAACAACAAUAACAACUUCAAGUUCUCCUCGUCAUCCUCAGUGUCACCUUCUUCGCGUCACAAGAAACCCAACAGCUUUGGCAACAACAACAACACCACCACCAACAGUAACAAUAAUUUCAUCCAUAAUAACGCCGUCCAGCAAAACAACAACAACUUCAACAAUAACCUUGGCAGCAGCUCCAACUCCAACAGCAGCUCAUUUGACAAGUCCUCCCAGUCAUUUGGUGCCAAGAGUCCGACCAACACGUUUAUGAAUGGAGUCAGCCCUUCGCCCACGAACCCCAUCUCCAUAGACUUCAUCGGCGGAGCUGGUCCAUCGUUCAGUGCCAACAAUAGUUCAAACAGCCAGUCAUCGAGGCCGACCCUCUCACGGAGUUCGACGGGAAGUAAAUCGGGCCAUUCCGCCAGUUCACGGAGCAGCAACCAACGACUAUCAAGUUAUCAGGGGAAGUCCACGCCUUCGGAAAAGUUGCAGUCUGCCAAACAGUCCAAUAUGCAGUCAGCAGCGGCAGGAAACUUCCGCACGCCUAUUUCCAACCCGUAUCUUGGCAGCAUCAAUAUCCCGCACGACGCCUCCUCUGGUGAUUCUGACAUUGAGUCUUCUCGACCUUCCUCUCCAACCACUGUCUUCCCAAGUCAUCCCAUGGACCGGCCCAAGUCUAGCUCACGAGAUGAUGGCGUUCCUGUUAAGCAAGAAUCACCCACCCAAAAGAAACUGCUGGCUAACAUGACUGCCGGAUCUGCGAUAGGCAGCGAGGGCAUGACCGACUAUUCCACGGAAGCUCUCAUUAGCGGCAACUCACUGGCAUCACCGAACCAGCAAAUGUUCUAUCCCGAUUACCUUCUCGCAGCAGCGGCUCAACACCAGCAACAGCAGCAACAACAACAGCAGCAGCAGUUCCAGCAGCACCAAAUGAUUCAGCACCAACUGCAGUUGCAGCAACAGAUGCAGCAAGCAGGAAACGGAUUCGGCGAUGUCAACUACAGCGACCUUAUCUCGAUGAUGAAUUUUGGUGGUGUGGAUGGAGGUGCAGGAUUCAUGCAGGACCCUGACAUGCUGAAUGCCCAGCUCUUCAACCCCUCCAACGACCCUGGCACCGGCCCUGGUGGUCCCGCUGGGUUCAUCAAUCCAGCCCAACUUCUUCCCUUUACUGGCCCAGGAGCCUCGUUCUUCAACGAGGCAUCACAGUCCUUUGAUGGCAACAUGAACCAGACGUCGUCGGAUUCGGAUGUGAGGGAAGAGGUCGAUAUGGAUACGGAUGAGACGGAACGGACAUCUGCUCCAGUCUCGCGGCGAUCUUUGAACUCUAGCCAGCAGGAUGCUGGCUGGACAUCAGACAAUCCUUCGACAACCGCCAAGAAGACGCCACCAACUUCGUCAGGAUCGGUAGUCCCCGGCAAGCGUCCUCGUGCUCAAGGUCGUGCCUCUACGGAUGGCAAAUCCGAGGGCACUGGAGCCAAGGCAGGGUCAGACGAGUCGACUGAAGGAUCGAGCUCCUCGGUCAUGCAGCACGCCAACACCUCAGAGACUUCGCUAUCAAAUUCUGGAACGGAUGGAAACGCGGCUACCUUGAUACCCACAAAGUGCACCAACUGCAACACCCAAACCACCCCUCUUUGGCGCCGUAACCCCGAAGGUCUUCCACUCUGCAACGCCUGCGGUCUGUUCUUAAAGCUCCAUGGCGUUGUCCGACCCCUUAGCCUCAAAACCGAUGUCAUCAAGAAGCGUAAUCGCAACGGACAAAACAACAACACUGCACACCCCAACGGAGAGCCCCCAGAAGGCGUAGGCGCUGAUGUGGCUCACCCCAAGCUUGCAGAGGAGAUGCCAGCACCUACAGGCAAGCCGACCAAGACCACCCAGCGCCGCAAGAGUGUCGAGCUGAACUCGAUGGUCGGAGCUCAGGAGAAGAAGGAAGGUAUGAAUCUCAACCUCCCCAAGGCCAGUCUCCAGUCGACUGUGAAUGCUAAUUCUGCCCCAGCGACGCCCACAGGAGGAGCCAACGGAACUGGAAUUGAGCCCAUGACGCCUAUCAAUGGUAACGGCGGCAAUGGAUCUAAUGCCCCUGCCAACAGUGCCACGUCAAGUGCCUUCCCCUCGUCGCACACGUUCCCCAAACGUCAACGUCGGUUCUCGUCCGAUGCCAAAGGAGCUGCUGCUGCGGCACAGUCUCAAUUGGCCGAGUCUCACUCCGCCCGACCCCAGUCCGCCAAGCAGAAGCAGCAGCAAAAGUCAUCCAAGGCACUUCACUCGUCUGGUCAGCAGAGCUUCGCUACACCCCAGAACAUCUUGCAGCAACAGCACCAACAACAGCAACAGCAACAAAUGUCGAUGCAGCAGCAACAGGAGACCAUCCAGACUGGUUUGGGAACUAUCCCGGCUGGAAUGGAUCCUUCUCAGCUUCAGUUGCCCUAUGCAUUCACGACAUUGCCGUUGUCUCAGCAGCAGCAAGGUGUGGCCACUUUGGAGCGAGCCCAGCAGCUGAUGUACCAGGAUAUGUUGAACCGUCGUCGCCAGCAACAGCAGGAGCAACAGCAACAACAACAACAACAACAACAGCAACAGCAGCAGCAGCAAUUGCUUGAGCAGCAGCAACGCCAGCAACAGCAACAACUCCAGCAGCAACAGGCGAUUAUGGCAUAUUUGAAGCGUCAGCAACAGAUUCAGAACAUGGACAGCUCGCUUACGCCUCAACAGCAGCAACAGAUCCAGUUGCUUCAACAGCAGCAGCACUUUUUGCAGCAACAGCAACAACAACAGCAGCCUGCCAUCAUGACGACGACUAAUGGAAAGAUGAUGAAUGCAGCGCCGUUCGGAGCAGCAGUGAUGGGGGGCGGAUUGCCAACGAGUGGAGCGUCGGGCAUGAAUGGACUGACGGUGGGAGUGCAAAACCCGAUGGCGAUGUUCAAUGGCGACUGGUCGAAUCUGGACCUGAGUUCGACAGCAGCAGCAGCGGCAGCGGCGGGAGUGACUUCGCCGACUCUUCAGACGGGAGCAGGAGCACAGUUGGGGAUCUCGACGGGGAUGAUGUCAAUUGAACAGCAACAGCAAGCACAUGCCAUGCUUGUAGCGCAAUACCGUGCCAAAAUUGCAGGCGCACAAAACCGAUAG